GCUCCCCGGAGGGGUUCCGGCGCCUGCGCAGAGGGACGAGCCGCCCGGCUCCCCGGAGCGGUUCCGGCGCCUGCGCGCUGCGGGCUCCGGGCCUCCCGGCCUGAGGCAGAGCGGCAGGGAAGAUGGCGGCCGUGGUGGAAAAUGUAGUGAAGCUCCUGGGGGAGCAGUACUACAAGGAUGCCAUGGAGCAGUGCCACAACUACAAUGCCCGCCUCUGUGCCGAGCGCAGCGUGCGCCUGCCUUUCCUGGACUCGCAGACAGGAGUCGCCCAGAGCAACUGUUACAUCUGGAUGGAAAAGCGGCAUCGGGGUCCAGGAUUAGCUUCGGGGCAGCUGUACUCCUACCCUGCCCGACGGUGGCGGAAAAAGCGGCGAGCCCACCCUCCUGAAGACCCAAGACUUUCCUUCCCAUCUAUUAAACCAGACACAGACCAGACCCUGAAGAAGGAGGGGCUCAUCUCUCAGGAUGGCAGUAGCUUAGAGGCGCUGCUGCGCACGGACCCCCUGGAGAAGCGAGGUGCCCCGGAUCCCCGAGUGGACGACGACAGCCUGGGCGAGUUCCCUGUGACCAACAGUCGAGCACGAAAGCGCAUCCUAGAACCGGAUGAUUUCCUCGACGACCUUGACGAUGAGGACUAUGAAGAAGACACUCCGAAGCGCCGCGGCAAGGGCAAAUCCAAGGGUAAAGGUGUGGGCAGUGCCCGCAAGAAGUUGGACGCUUCCAUCCUGGAGGACCGGGACAAGCCCUACGCCUGUGACAAUAGUUUCAAACAAAAGCAUACCUCGAAAGCGCCCCAGAGAGUUUGUGGAAAGCGCUACAAGAACCGGCCAGGCCUCAGCUACCACUACGCACACUCGCACCUGGCUGAGGAGGAGGGCGAGGACAAGGAGGACUCGCAGCCCCCCACCCCGGUCUCCCAGCGGGCCGAGGAGCAGAAAUCCAAGAAGGGCCCCGAUGGCUUGGCCCUGCCCAACAACUACUGCGACUUCUGCCUGGGGGACUCCAAGAUCAACAAGAAGACGGGGCAGCCCGAGGAGCUGGUGUCCUGCUCCGACUGUGGCCGCUCAGGGCACCCGUCUUGCCUGCAGUUCACGCCCGUGAUGAUGGCGGCAGUGAAGACCUACCGCUGGCAGUGCAUCGAGUGCAAGUGCUGCAACAUCUGCGGCACCUCCGAGAAUGACGACCAGCUGCUCUUCUGUGACGACUGUGACCGCGGCUACCACAUGUACUGUCUCACUCCGUCCAUGUCGGAGCCUCCUGAAGGGAGCUGGAGCUGCCACCUGUGUCUGGACCUGCUGAAAGAGAAAGCGUCCAUCUACCAGAACCAGCACUCCUCCUGAUGGGCCGCGCUGCGCGCACGCGUCUAGGGCUCUCCUCCUUCUCUCGUCUUUCAUACCCACUUCAUCCUUCUUCCUCCUCUUUCACAAGUCCAGAGAACCUUGGGGUGGUCGUGCCAACCUGCCUUUGGCAGCAGCAAACUGAGGUGGCGGCUCUGACCGCCUCAGCCCCAGGCCGUCGGGAGAAGGCCAAGGCGCACUGCCCCAGCGUCCCCGCGGGCCCAGCCUCCCGCGCGCUCCUGAAUGCAUUCACUCUGCCUGCCUUGGGCCCGCGCCCUGGCCGCCACAGGGGCUGCUGGCCUCUGAGAAAGGGUGGGAGAGCAGUUCUCUUCCUUCCCGCCUCCAUCUGGUGGCCAGGCGGGGCUGGGCAGGCCAAGGCCAUGCUUGCAGGAGCUUUCCUUGCCCAUUGCGCUGCUUAGCCUGACCUCUGCUCCCCAGGAUCCUUGGCUGAGCCAGGAUGCUCUUGGUGACCCCCAGGCUCUGCCCCGCCCCACUGCACCCCAGCGCUGGGGAGUCGCAGCUCACCCAAACUCUGCCUUUUGCUCACCUGACUCGCUCUCACAGGUGGUCCCUAGUGACCGAAGCAUUUGGCACCCUUGGAACUUGCUAUCUUCUGCCCUCCCCCCUUAUUCCUUUGGCUUUGUGGGGACGGGGAAAUGUCGGGGCCAAGGCAGCAACUUGGGGGCCGCAGGGAGAUGUUGGAUAAUGUGCCUGUUUUUUAACUUGAUGAAAAAGCCUACCUCCGAAAUCCCCUUUUUUGUUCUUCCUGGACCCGGGCACUCAGCUCCUGCCCGUAACUGAAUUGGAAGCUCUGCCUCCUGCUCUGCCCGGCUCCUGGCUCCCGGGGCCGGCCCAGACAGUCCCUUCUGCCCUUGCACGCUCACUAGCAGCUGGUAAGGUAUUCACACCCCAAUUCCGCAUUUUCUGCCUGGUGACACUGAUGUGAAAUAGUGGGGGGCCAGUUCCUCCCAGGGUACCCUGGAGCCAUGUCCCCUCGGCAAUGGGCAGGCCCUAAUUCACUUGUUGCUUUGGAGUUGAGGUGUCUUUUUCUUUUCUUUCUUUCCUUAGUCCCUGUACUCUGAACAUUAGUACAAAUAAAUGUUUUUACACAGA